AUGCAAAUGGUUGAUCCACUUUUUCAACGUAUACUUGUUAAAGAAUGUCGGAAUCGGAAUGUUCCAGUUAUCUUUGAUGAGGUUUUCACUGGUUUCUGGCGAUUAGGAGUGGAGUCUGCUGCAGGACUACUUGGCUGUCAACCAGAUAUAGCCUGCUUUGCAAAGCUGAUGACCGGUGGAAUUGUACCUUUGGCUGCCACAUUGGCGACGGAUGCUGUGUUUGAUGCAUUUGUUGGAGAUUCUAAGGUACCAAUGUUGUCGUUCGGUGUGGAUCGAUUAUCAGGGUAUUCCGUGUUUGACACUCUGUUCUUGUUGACACUCAACACUCGUCCAUAUUUACAGAACAUGCUUAAAGCCCUUUUGCAUGGACACUCGUACUCUGCACAUGCUAUGGGAUGUACAGCUGCUGCUAAAUCCAUCAAAUGGUUUAAGGACGUCCAAACAAACUUAAAUCUUGCUUCUGAAGGAGGAUUUCUGAAGGAGUUAUGGGAUUUGGAACUAGUUCAGAAUAUCUCAUUACUUCCAGCAAUCCAAAGAGUUGUUGCGUUGGGAACCCUUUGUGCCGUAGAACUUCGAGCUGAAGGCUGUAAUGCUGGGUAUGCAUCGCUAUACGCAAACUCUCUUGUUCAGAAGCUCCGUGAAGAUGGCAUUUACAUGAGACCCCUGGGCAAUGUCAUUUAUCUCAUGUGCGGGCCUUGCACUUCUCCUCAGAUCUGCCGCAGCCUACUAGAGAAGCUUUAUCAAAGGCUAGAGGAGUUCAGCCAAGCAAACUUGAAAACAAGCCAAUUACACAAGGGUUAA